UAAAGCAUUGUGAGUAGACGUAAGAAUUUUUGAAUAAAAAAAAUAGUUGCGAGACAAGCGCGCGCGUGGACAAACAUCGUCGGCAUCAGCGUGGCGUACAAAUUAUGCUAAGAAGCAUCAACGCUGCCGUCAAAUAUGCAGAAAACAAAUACAACAACGCCACCAACAGGAGCAUCGCCAGCGGCACCAGUUCCAGCAGAUAGCGUCGCAAAUACCUUGAUGGCGACACCAACCUCAGCAAUCGCAUCCAAUGCCAGAAGCAAUUGCGGCGAAUGUAUUGACUCCAGCGGCGGCCCAACAUAUGCAGCAUCAUCAAAGCAACAAGAACAACAGCAACAGCAUGAGACAACGUCUAGUUUUAAGCAACAGCAAUUGCAGCAUGAGCAACCAACAAUCGCCAUACAUUAUUUGGCCAGCUUCCAUGAGAUUUGUGUGGUAACUGCUUUGCUGCCACUGAUUACGCUCUUCACAUGCUUUGUGACCGCCUACGUCUUCCAGUACGACGAUGUACACGAGACACAUUGCCGGGUUUAUAAUAUAGUACCCUCGAUAAGUGCCAUUACUGGCGUCAGUCCUCAACGUUAUUUCUGGCGUUUCAGCAUUGCGUUGCACAUCGGUCCGCGCAUACCCAUUGCCUUUGUCUACAAGAACUAUUAUCGGGCGCAGCUGGCGCGUAUUGCCCCAGCAUUGGUGCCGAAAACUAGCUGGUUAAUCACACUGAUUCUGGUGCUCAAUUGCAUUGAAAUUGCGGCACUGGGAGGAGUCACCUAUAUAUCCAAUCGCGAGAAUUAUCCCGUUCAUGAAAGGAUCUUCAUUACUUUCAUGAUAUGUUCUCUGUGCUACAUGCUGGCUACCAUUAAGCUGAAUGAUAUUUUAUAUGCACGGCAAACGCUCACUGCACAGCAACGUCAAUCCAUCAAAUGGAAAAAAAUACUCUUUGCAGUAUCCAUAUUGAGCACUAUGGGUCUCCUGGUCUUCUUUGCCAAACAUCGUUUUUAUUGUCACGAUUUGGCUUUUAGUUGGUUUGCAUUUUUUGAAUAUUUGAUUGCCAUUGCCAAUAUGCUGUUCCAUUUCACCAUUAUCUGGGACUUCCCAUCGCAGUUCAUGAUGAUUGUUCAGGGACCGCGCGAUAAUCUGAUGCAGUAUUUGGGUGCUAAGCCGAAAACCAACUAAACCCAGUUCUACUUCUAAUUUAUAUAUAUAUAUAUAUCCUUCCUAGUUUAUU